CCUGCUAAUGCUUCCAUGGUACCUUCUGCAGAUGGUUUCGGAUGCUCCUGCGCUGAGCAUAGUGUGCCAGUGGGUAUAGGUAGAUGCAAGCCCUGCAAUGCUACUGAAGUGGUGUCAGCUGAUGGCUACACGUGUGUACCACGUCGCUGUCAGAACGUGUCUGGCAGGAUCGCGUGCAGGAAGUGUCCUCAUGAUUAUGUAACAGUUACUCAGAACAUAGACGGCUCGCCUCUCAAAGAGGUUCAAUGCGUGAAAUGCGCGCGCGGCUUUAGACCAAUAAACAACGUUUGCGCCCGCUGCGAGUCAUGCACAUGCGCGAAGAACCAGAUCAUUGUUCGAGGCAUCUGCAUACCUAAGACAUAUGUGAACUCUAGGCCGAAGUAUGAAGAGAACAGUUUACAUCCCCUGGCCCUUCUGGAUGUCGUUAAACAUGAAUAUUUGUGUAUGCAAAAUGACCUGCGCGCAUGUCAAACACUUGCCAAUGAAUGUGUUAAGAACUUCUAUUCGACUGACGCAGCGGGACCCUGUCGACUUUGGAUACAACCUAAAUUGGUGACACCUAAAGCAUUACCACGUCUCAUCGUAGAAUCAACUUUAGAAGAUAAAAAUCCAGGAGAAACUUACCUGGGAAGGAAAAGGGACUCCAUACUAAUAGCGGCAGCAGUGUUCUCAACAGACGGCCGAUUUAAAUUUAUCAAGGACACAAACCAGGAUCACAGUACGUCGUGCCGUCUUCCUGUUAAAAUUAGAAUCGGCCGAGACUUCUAUCGCGAUUGCAUCAUAAAUGUAUCGAAGCUUGCCGAAGAUUUGAACGAGACGAUAUCUCCUUAUCUGUAUGCUGAAGGAAAACUCGUGCAGAUACCUGUUUAUCCUAGGAAACCUAAUGGACAACCUAUACAGAAAGGCACCUGGAUUUCCAGUAAAUUUAAACGGUUCUUCAUAAUGGAUGGCUCUCUCUCAAUAGUCACAAAUACCACGAACUAUGUAUACUUGCGCACAAUGGAGAUUAAACUACAAAUUGAACGAGACAAAGCCAGUCCAAGCUCUCUACGAGUACAAGUAUCUGUAGAAGUCAGUUACGCGUCGAAGUCACCUCUCUCAGAGUCUGUCACCACGACUUUAAAGGUGGUACAUGUAAUGCCUGAAGCUGGAGUUCAUCGAGGAUUAGAGAUAUGGGGCGGAGUGCUAGGCUGCCUGUUGACAUUGUACGCGAUGGUGCAGUGGCGAGGAGUGGUUCGUAGAGGAGGACUCUACGUUUCUGUCCUUCCUUUGAUGGCGGCUGCUUUAGCUGACACCUUUUACUUUGCUGCUUGGUUCUCCACCCUACAUGCCCUGGCUGCGGAGGCAGGUACGCUCGGGUUGACGUUACCACUGUCAAAGGCUGAGGAACGCAUCAUAAUGGCAUUCGUAUACACUGCUGUAUCGUUAAAGGCUGUUAAAGUUGCGUGGAUCAACUUCAACCAAUGUCGAUGUGAUGUCUUCUUUUUGGAUUGGUCUGAAUAUAAUCCGCCGUAUAAAGGAGCAGCGACAGAGAAGUAUAACAGUUGGAGAGCGUCGACAUUAGCCAGAGAGUGGUCCAGGAUGCAGACUAUGAGGAGAGUGUCUCCAGGGUAUACCACCAGCUUAGCACUACUUGUGUUACAUCUCCUCGUACCCUGGAGAUACUAUCUCCCCCCAAGUCAAGGCUACAAAUGGGCAGUAGCUACAAUAGCCUGGUGGAGUUCGUACAUCACGCUGCUGUCUUCCCGAUGGGUGGUCGACAGGGCACUAGGGUCCCCAACUGCUGCCUUAGCGAAGAUCUGCAGCAGUGUUGGACUAUCGCUGUUGGUGUUUGAAGAGGAACACUACGCUCAUUAUAUUCAUGGACGGAUUGUGUAUAAACAGCUUUCCCUGUCGAUACCAGCUUUAGGGGAAACUGAAACUAGACAGUCACUGUUAUCCCGAUUCCUGGCUGCGUUCUUUGAAAGGGCUCUGGACGGUCUCAGCUGGGUUGCCAGUGAACGCACUGUAUUUGAACGUUUACUGAACGUGGAACUGAAUACGAGAGAAGCUGGCAACACUAGUACUCUGCUUUACGACCCAGAUGAGAGCACACCUUCGUGUUUUGCUGUAACUUGGUGGGGAGAAGAAUGGUCCCUGGCAACGUUUGAGGCUAUGCUCUUCGGCAGCCUGAUGAUGGCGACAAACGAGCCUUUGAUAGCCGCUCUGGUCACUCUUAUAGUGUGGCAGGUAAUGAUGCGACUACGGAGAGGAUUUGGAAAUAGGAAUCAGCGAGAAAAAACUGAUAUCCAAAUGUAAUAAGACACAAGGAACCUG